CUUGCCAUCAUUAUCGUAAAGCAUCUUGUUUUUUUUCUGUUUAUAUUCAUAAUAAAGUGAUUUUUAAAUAUAAUUAGUCUUCUUAAAAGUUCUACUAUGAAAUUACUAUCAAAUUAUAUAGGUAUAAAAUAUAUUUCAUGAAUAUCUUUGGCGCAGACCGACACCUGAGUAGGUCGCUAUCUGGGUUCUUCGCCACGGAGCCGCAAAAAAGGGGCUUGUUAUAAGGUGCUCAAGUGUUCCCAUAAAAAAUGUCAGAGGAACAGCCCCAAGGAUCUUCACCAAGACGUCAUGCUCCUAAAAAACCAGAACAGCCAACAGAGAGCAGACAUUCUAAAGGUCACCUAAAAAUACACGUUUCUGGGUUUCCUCCUUACACAAGAGUGGAAGACUUAAAAUAUGUAUUUGCUCCAUAUGGUCAUGUCAAGGUUAAAUUAUUAAAGAAGUAUGCCAUUGUUACAUUGCCCGAUGAAGAUAGUGUUCUUGAUGCGAUUGCACACUCAAAGAAAAUUUCCGUGUAUGGCUCAUUCCUGACAAUAAAGCUUGACAAGGGGGAACCCACCCCAGCCAAAAAAUUAGACAGAUUUGUGCGAAGUAAGAAAAAGAGUGUAAUAAUAGAGCCGGGGAAGAUCGGGCUGAAGGGUGACUUCGAUCAUCAGUUAGAACAGGUGUUAGACGCCGUCAGACUCACGCGAGACGAGGUCAUCAACAUCUCAUCGCUCUACGUGGACCUCGAGAACGCCCUGCGUACCGUUUGGCCAGACUGCUGCGCCGUCCCGUUCGGGUCCAUCACGACGGGGCUGGGCAUCAAGAGCAGCGACGCGGACUGCUUCGUGCGGCUGCCGGCGCGGCUGCGAGGCAACGACGCCGCUCACGUCAUGCGCACCAAGCGACUGCUCCAGCUCUACCCCGACGUGUUCACCGAGGUGUUCGCCAUCCCCAACGCGCACACGCCCAUCGUGAAGUUUUUCCACGUGCCCACGGAGACCACCUGCGACGUGUCCUUUAAGACCCCACUGGGCUCGCAGAACAGCCGCCUGGUGGCUUUCCUGCUGCAUUCGGACGCGCGUCUGCUGGCGCUCGCCGUCGUCAUCAAGUACUGGGCCAAGGUGCACGAGCUGUCGGGCACCGGCAAGUUGACCAAUUACGCGCUGACGAUGCUCCUCGUCUUCUUCCUGCAGCGGCUGGGCAUCCUGCCCUCCGUCGAGAGCCUGCAGCGGGGUCGCGAGGACCUCGUGGACGGCUGGAACACGGCUUUCGCGACCGACCCGCCAACGCCCUCGCCCGACUCGGCCUCCGUCGAGGAACUCCUCGGAGGGUUCUUCAAGUUCUACGCCAUCUUCGACUUCAACAAGUUCGUCGUCUGCCCGUUCCUCGGCAGAGAGAUCGAGAAGUCCGCCUUCGCAAAUCUCGCCUCCCUGCCUGACGCCUUCGAGCGAUACAAGCGAAACGUCGAGAGCGGAGCGGCCCACCCGAUGAAGUUUUCGACCCCCGUUUGCAUACAGGACCCCUUCCAGCUGUGUCACAACGUUGGCAGUUCCAUCGGCGGGAAACUGUUCGACGAGCUGCCGCAGUAUAUCAAGUUCGCGGCGACGGCGUAUCGGGCGUCAAGGGCCGACUUCCUCGAGACGAUUCUCUUGAAGAAACCGGAGAUCGCGGUGACCGACAAGAACAAGAUCAGAGCCGUCGUGCACUCCAGGGACUUGGACAGGGUGGUCGGCGACGAAUGGAAGGCCAUAGUCAAAAAUGUGAUUCGUAUCCUCUUCGAAGACAUCUGCCGCUCGACGCUCGCCGUCCUGGAGACCGAAGAGAGACCCGGGUCCAAGAGACAGACAGAGCGCUACGCCGUCACUCUGACGAAAGCCGUCUGGAACAGGAAGAGAUUGACGAAACUUUACAAACACGCGGAGGGCACUUUCCUAGAGAAACAGAUAAACAUUUCCCAAGAGAUAAUAGACACCUGCGAGAAGACGCCGCACCUGAAGAUGCGCCUGGUCAUCAGCUUCCCUCUGAGUUCCCGAGUCACGUCGGUGUACAUCGAGUUCGUCGACGGCGACAAGGCCGACUUCCAACAGUUCGGCAAGAUGUUCCGGCUCAUGAUUAAGGGUUGGUUUUUCGAGUUGGUGAAACCUUUUCUGCCGCCCGCUACAGAGAACGAGCGUCCCAGAACGCAAAGAGGAAGCGUGAGAAACGAUCUCGCCAAAAGCGACUCGAUCGAAUCUGACGACUUGUCAGAUAGAUUCCAAGAAAAUUGUUCAGUGAGUGAGGCUUCUAAAUAACUGAUCCGCAAAGUCUCGUUUGCCUCGUGACGUGUCAAAUUAAUCGUCUCAUCAAAAAUUCGCGCGACACGCGGCUUGAAAUUGUUGAUCGUUGAAUUUUGUUAUGCGUCGGCGCUAGAGAUGUCUACGAUACUCAAUUAAGUAUUCCUUUGUAAUUAUUUUGAAUAACUUUAAGCUUCGAGGCCCGUGAACGGGAAGAUCAAAGACCUAGGGGUCGAGUCGAGACGAAGACUAAAUUUGUACGAAAAUUGGGCGACACGAACUGUAAUUUUCAUACAAAUUUAGUCUACGACUUCCUACAUACGUUGAGGCAUCUCGACUAAACCCCCUUAACACGUUUCUUCUUUAAAUUGAGUAUUUGUCAUAAUCAUACUAGAGUAGAGAGAGUAUAGUAUUUGACGCCAUCUCUAAAUUGAUUAUAAAUUUAAAUGUUUAGAAAGUAAUGUGUAGUUUACCGCUGCUAGGGCGAUGUUUUAUGAUGAAGCUUAGAGUUCUUCAUUAGAAUUAGAAAUUAGAAAUUUAGCUAUGGAUUUAAAUGUUUAAAUUAUCAUCACUAAGCUUUUGACGUGCCACACGCUUGACUCCUUAGAAUAAGCUUGAAUUAGAAGAUGUAACCUGUAAAAUAGAAAGAGCCGUGUCGACGAGUCGUGCGACGUCGUAAGUACAGUUGUACAGUUUCACCUAGACUGUCUUUAGUAGACGUUUGACCUAGGAAUUUUAUUUCAUGGGAAAAUUUAUAAUUAAUGUAUGUUAAUGGUUUAUCAUAAAUAUUAAAAUAAUAUUUUUUA